AUUAACUUGAUUGAUUAAAAUUCGAAAACAAAUAAACGACAAACACAAGUUCUAGGAUUAUAUUUAUUGUGGUGGUCGCUGAGAAGCGGUGAGAAAUAACAAUAAUGGAAUAAUUCACUAAAAAAUUCGAUGAAGAUAAAGCACAUAUCGAAGAUAUAUUAGUGGGUGAAAUGUUGUGCUACGUGUGAAGUAUAUCUGCUCUCUUUCAUGUCCACCCCCGCGCAAUCAAAUGAAUCGAGGAUUUUUUUACCCAUUAACUCUGAGGGGUAGAGAGUAGAUUUACUCAAAAUAGUGGAUAGAACGAAAAAGGAAUAAUAAGGAAUACUGAAGCAACACGUCCUAGGGACCAAUGUGUUAGCCCAAAUAGGCUAUGUAUAAUAUUACAAUGAUUCACCAGUAGAUGGUAGUAGUGUGAAAAAGCAGCAAGUAGUACCAGGCGUAUAAGAGGCAACCCUGCAACGGUACUGGUGUGUGUUUUUCCACGGGUUUAACAUUGUUAAGUUAUUCCCGUUGUUUCAUCCUGUUACAACAAUAUACCGAAACAAAUUUCGGCCUCAUUGUGUUAAAAUGUCGUUUCAGGAGCCCAAUGUGGGUUGAAGUGAGAUGGCAUCCAGGGAAAAGAGACCCCUAGCGCCUUCUUCGAAGUCAAAGCAGAAAGCAAACAAUGACCCAACUCUGCCAGCUUCAUCGAGCAAGACCAAGAAGGCCAAACUAUCUCCCUACAUAUUAGAAGCAACAGGUAGCAAGCUCUCUCCCAAGCUUGAGGCAUCCUUACCCCGCAAGAAGGUCCUGACGAGUCUUAAAUGCAAAAAGAAGCUGCGCGCGGUUAAAUCGAACUUAAUUAAAGGCAAAGGUUCGAAGAACGCUCCCGUCAAGAAUUUGAAACGAAUCCCCGUUCAAACAGCAAACAAAACUACUAAACCCAGUCUAACACGGAUUAAAGCAAGACCAUCGCUUAAGCCUUUCGAGGAAGAAAUUUACUCUUCAGAUAAAUCUGAGUUCUCGCCGUCUCGAGGAAGUCCAAAGACAAAUCGAAAGCUAAAACUUUCAUCUUUAUCAGAUUCGCAAAAAAGUGCCAAACUAACUAGACGCACCCUUCACAUCAAAGAAGAGAUUGACACAGACCUGAAGAACCGUAAAUCUAGCCCCCCGAACGAUCAAAAGACUCCGCGUGCCCGACUCGAUUCUCCAUUGCCAAAAUCUAGCGUGGACUCAACAAUCGACGACGUGUUGGCGAUGGUCAGUGACAGUGAGUUAGACUAUUCAGCUUUGCCUUCUGAGGGUAAAGUUACCCGAAGCAGAAGGAUGAUCGAUGACAAGUCAGUGUUGUUAGAGCACGAGAUAAAAAAGGAGAUCAUCGAAGAAGACUUUGAUGAGGAUGAGUUGACCUCAAAUGAUGAUCUCCAGACUGCCAUAGAUAUUAAAGAGUCUAAAAGAAAAUUCAGUCAACGAAGCUUACGGAAUGGCAAGCUCCGACAGUUGGACUCUUCUCAGUCCGAUGACUUGCGAAAAGCUCGUAGACCCAAUGUCGACGAGACAAUGACUUCUGAAUAUAUGGAGAACGCAACUGUAGACGAAACUGUGGAAUCCACGCCAUCGGAAAUUACCAUUGGAGAUACGUCCUUAUCUUUAUCGUCAGACUCCAGACUAGGGGAUGUAGAAUUAUCAAUUUCUAAUGAGCACGAGAACAAUAAUAACAGUGGAAUUUCUGGGGCGGAUGGGGGCCCAACACUACGUUCUAAAACGAAAGCGAAAACUACGGAUCCUCAAAUUACACCUGAGGAUGAAGAAUUCUAUAUAAUCGAGCCUCUAGAUGAUUCAAAAAAGCCUCAAACUCUUGGGAAGCUGACAUCACUCGACAAAAUACCUGCGAAACGUCGAUCAUCUCUCAAUAUCGAUGUAAAAAAAACUAUCGGUUCACUGUACGGUAACGAAAAGGCUGAUGGAACCGCUCCGAAAUCCCAAAUCGAUCAAAUGAUCGAAAACAUUAAAUUGACGAUUGCCAAAUCCAUCGAAAGUAAAAUUUUUGGUCCAGAGAAGGCCCUUGGUCUCACGAAAUCUUUUGAGCCCCCAAAUUCUGCAAGAAUUGAGGAAAUAAUUAUUCCUGUUAGCACAGAGACCCGAAAACUAAAUUUAGAUCCUCCAGAGAUAAUCAUCGACGAUGAUCAGCCAAAUGGUUCGAACGGAACUAAUGAAAUGUCCCUGCAAAAUACUUCUAACAAUAUUAAUCAUAGUUGCAAUAGUAGUACCAGUAACAAUACUGAUAACAGUGAUGACACGAUGCCCAAGGUAGCGGACACUGCCAAAGAAAUUGAAAAACUAGUCAUGGGCGGUGAAAGUGAAGAAAUUAAGUUGAUUAAUGAUUCUAUUGAAUCGCCGUCUAGCAGAACUGAUGAUAUCGAAACGCAUGAUGAAAUAGAACACGACUCGAGAGACUCUAAUGAACGUGCCAAAACCAAUGAUAUUGAAAAGAGUGAGAGAAUGAUGGUGGAGAGAGACAGAGAAGAUGUUUGUAUGAUAGAACAGGAAACGUUGGAUGAAUUAGAAAAGUCAUUACAAACAUCAGAAUCAUUGGAAAAUCCUAUACAACCUGAGACGAUUGAGAGCAUUUCCAGAGAACUAGAAAGCCUGAUUUCUGCAUCUCCUUCGUUAGAAGCAUCAGCUAAUGAAACUAAACACGAAGACACUGUCGGAAUCAAUUUUAAUAACGAUAUGUAUGCGGGUUCCGAAUAUACCGAUGAGCCUUCACAACUGAUUCUCAGUUCUCCUAAUCCUAAUCAUGCUGAAAAACUAAUUCCCGAACGCUCAGAUUCUCCUCAAAACAGUCCGGAAGCUAUCUUAACCUCUUCUGAAGACUGUGAUUCAGUUUCACUUCGUUUGGAAGCCUCAAGAUCCAUUGAUGAUAUUGAACAAUGUCCUGAAAAGCCAUUACAAAGUCCGGAAAUUCCCCCUGAGAGUAAACAAGAAGAUGGGAAACGCGUCCUUCGAACCCGAGACAAGCAGAGAAAAUUCGACAAAUCUAAAACCUCUGAAAUACUCGAUUCUUCAGACGUAAAAGUUAAAACAGAGCCUGACAAUCUUUCAGUAGAUUCCAACGAAUUGAGUGAAGCUGAACGACGAGAUUCUCCCCAAAUAAUAGAGCCUUCAGAUUCUAUAAAAGUAGAAGAAGGGUAUCAAGGGAGAACAAGGAGGAGUAGAGAUAUAAAAAGACGGCGAGAAGACGUUUUUCUCAUGCAAAACACAUGUCAAAAAAGCAAAAGGAAUCGUCGAGAGCCGAAAAAAACCGAACAAAAUAAGGAGGAGACACUUUUGGAUAAUGAAGUAGCAAAGAUCAAUGAGAAUAAUGGUGAAUAUUCAGCUGAGAAGUUUAAUAAACGGUUGGAGGGAACCAAGAGCCUCAGGAUCUUCUCUGAGCAUGACCGAAUUGAUAGCACUGAAGAAAAUGAUCGAAGUAAAUCGGAGAAUGAUAUUGAGUCGAUCAAAGAAAAGUCAGAGUGCGUGGAGAGAUUGCACGGUGAUCAAUGUGAUAGUAAUGGAUUGAAAAACAUUCGAAGUGGAGAGAUGGAGAGUAAAUCUGGUAUGGCUCAAACUGUGCAGAAAGAUUGUGAUGAAGCUUCUACCUCUGGGGAAUCCAUUCCGAAAAUACUGGAAACUCCUGAGGAGACCGCAAUGAAGGAGAAAAUACUCUUGAUGCUGGGGCUGGAGUCUGCGGAAAAGGCUGCGGAGAGGAAAAAGGCGAAGGUUGAACAAUGCGCCGGAGGGUUGAAAACUGUUAUCAGAGUACCUAAGGACUCGAGCAAAGAAAAGAAAAGAUCCAGGUCGCCGUUGAAAAUGGUGCUGAAGCAGGGCCGGCUUGAUGGUGGCGGAGAUUCCCCUGAAUUCUAUACAAUUCAAAAGGAGCUCGGAACCAGUGGUUUGGGAGAUAGCAGCUCUGGUGCGAACCGAAAGUUCUCUACUAAUCACAGACAAUCUUGCGAUGAAGAUCCUGAGGAAACUGCAGCGAAGGACAGGCAAAGUCUGAUUAUUCCAGAGAAAUCAUCAUCUUUUUCAAUUCAUCCUGGACGUCUCUGUGCCGAUGUUUGUUGUUAUUGUUUUGGAAAAUUCGGAUCGCUUGAUACACCGAUGCACUUGGCACAAAUGAAGUCUGAUGAUAGGAGAAGAAAAAUUUUGAGUGUCGAGAGACAUCUUACUAAGGACUCGUGCUUGUGUGAUGCUUGUUAUCGUCAUGUUGAUAGAAAAGCAAAUACGAGCCCAACAAACGUGUCAAAACCGCAACGGCAACACCGACAGUUGAUGGUCUCCAAAUGUUCUGCCAGAGAUUGCAGAGACUCCGCGAGGCAUCUCGUGAAACGGCGAUGGUUACUAAAAAUUAAAUCAUGCCUUCAAAAUCAGGUGGACAUUGACUGGGAGACAAGCCAGCACACAUCCAUGUCCUUCUGCCCAGGCCAUUAUGCGACAAUCGAACGUUUCCUCACUUGUGCUCUUUGCAAACGGCGCUUGGUGCGCAAUCAUACUCACCUUCUGCCGGCCACCGAAGCUGAUGAAUUAAAUCGUCUUCUUCCUCAGCAGGGUAUCCCCGUUCUGCUUGUAUCCGGUACGUUCGUUUGCAAGCUCUGUCGUUACUACACUCAGCUGCAACUAAAAUACAAAGACGUGGAAAACAUGAACGUCAGUCACCGAUCUUUUGCAAAAAGCUACCGAAAACGCAUUCUCUACAAUAACAAUCUUGACAUUGAAGAUGAUGAAGAUGAGCCAGCUCAAAAUUAUCAAUCCAAGGAUAGUAAAGAUAAGGAUAAGGACAAAGAUAAGGAAAAAGACAGAGAGAAGGAGAAGGACAAGGACAAAGACAAAGAUAAAGAUCGGAAAUCCGCAAAGAAAUCAGCAAAGUAUCAUAAUCCAUUACCCAAAAGCCAUAUAUCAAAAUCUCCAGACUGUAACUCUUCAGAAAAAUCUACUCCGGAGCCUCCAAAACCUGACAGUUUGGGAGAGCCUAAGCUCAGAGAAUCUGACCCAAGAAUUGAUGAAACUUCAUCAAUAACCGAACAAAUGUUAGAUUUGGAAAGCGCAGUGGAGAAAUUGAAAAAACGAAAAGCAUUGGAUCAACAUCUUUACUCCACAGACUCACCAAUUUUCUCAGAUGACAACACUGUCAAUGUCGUGGAAAUCUUAGCAAUGGAUAAAGAGGAAGUCACACUAACUCGAUUACCUAAAAAAUCUAAACUGGCCCACAACCAGAAUCAAAAUUCUAACGAUAUAACGCCAGUGGUGCAACGACUAGGAGCAAAUCCGUCAAUUAGUGUGCGAACAUUGUUCCCUGGAGAGGAGGAGAUGGGCCUUCAUGCUAAUAUUGAAUUCUCGAAUAUUAGAGAGAUAACACCUCAAGGAUGGGAGAAAUGUGCAACAAUAAUUCAAUAUGAUCGAGAUACAAAACUACUUUGGCAAGAGUUACAAAGGCCAUAUGGCAAUCAGAGUUCUUUUCUGAGACAUCUCAUCCUUUUGGAAAAGUACUAUAGGUCUGGAGACUUAGUUUUAGCCCCUAACGCAUCUAGAAACGCUAUAAACUAUUCGACCUCAGUGCAAAAUCGAUUAAUCUCGUAUGAAGGACCAGAAAAGAUGGAUGAACCCAUUACUGAACCAAUUCCCACCGAGUUUCAUCACUCGAAGAGACUCAGUGGAGGUUAUCUAAUGGAUAGGGAAAGAACAUCCCUUCCUGGAAAUAGCGGCGUUGUCACACCUAUCACUACAGUUGGAAUAUCAGUGACUUCGAACCCUUCAACCCCCUCAAAAAUUCUCCCUUCCAAUACUCCAUCAAAAUGUAGUUCCUCUAGAAUUUUGAAGAUCAAUCCUGGUGUUUCAAUAAUAAAGAAGCCACCGCCGAAUCUUCAACGGCUUAGUUUAUCUUCCAGCAGUGGCAAUAGUACCAGCAGUAGCUGCACUCCAGCUAAUGGAUCAACUAAACGUAAAGAUAUUUUUCCCAACAAGAUUACUGGAGGUGGAACAUCGGGAGGAAAGGUCUUUCAAUUGUCCGAACCUGAUUUUAAACGACUUCAAAGUUUAAAGAAGCAAAAAAUGAUGAACCAAAAGAGCAAUACAUCCAACCAUACAAAACUAAGUAAUCUGCAGUAUCAGAAGGCACAAAUAGCUGCUCAAACGCAAUUUCAGAAACACUUGAGGAUGCAGCAGGAGAUGCUCAAUCGUCAGAGCCGUGGUGACUUUGAACCACUAAUUUGUGAUGUUAGAUCACUGGCUAAUGAGAAUACUCCGGCACAAAAUCUUCUUAAUAAUUUAAAUCUGCCAAAAUCCAUUCAGGUUACCACAAAACCAGCUAACAGUCCUAUUCCAAUACUACCAAAAAUUCCUAAAUCACUCACUGUUAUACCACAGACUGUUCCCAGGAAUCUGGACAAGUGACGCGUGAGGAGGAGGGCAAGAAAGAAGCGGGGAAGAAUAGGAUGAUGAUUUUUUAAGAGAAUUAAUAAUCUUCGAGUUGACUUGAUGAGAAAGAAUGAAAAUAUGUUGGCAAGUAGACCAUGGUUGUUUUCCCACAAUUAUGUGGUUGAUAUUUUUUGCAUCGUUACAGAUUUGAGCAAUCUCUCUGGAUUAGACAUUAUUGAUUAUUUUAUCUGUAGUUAACAAGUAAAAUAGAAUAGAUUGAUUAUUAUGAGAUUAUCAGUUGAAACGGCUUAUUACAAAGAGUCUCUAAUGAUUUGAAUCCGCAAUAAAUUUAAUAAUCUUAUUUCUGUUUCUUCUUCAUUGUGAAAUUAUAUGUUAGAAAGGAUUUGAUUCGUGAAAACAUUUCUCGAGGUUUUUUAUUUCUCUUCUAUCAUCCAGGAAAUUUUUCACUUGGAGAGGUUUUCACCCAUUUUAUUUUGAGACAACCUACUUGAGACAUAAUUUUAUAAUUAACAAAACUGAGUGAGAGUACUUGACGUAUUAAGCUUUACCAUUCUCUACAGAUAAUAUAAUCAUAAUAGCAUGCAAACAGUGUUUGGAUCGAUAGGAAUAUAAAUGAUACGUAUGAACAAAUAAAAAAUAGAUAUUUAUAUGGAAGAGAAAAACGUAGACGCCUUAAAGUGAAGACUAGCACCACACAAAAAUGUAUCAUAAAUACGAUUGAUAAUUCCAAUUGAUAGUGACGGGAAUGAAAUCUGAAAAGUGCCUAAUUGUCGCAAAAAAAAGGAACUCAAGUGGAGUUUAUUGAUAAAUGAAUGAGGACAGAAACGCCGCGCGUUGCUAAUUUCUAAUUAUCAAUAGAUUAAUGUCUACAAUAAUAAUUAUUUAAUUGAAAUCCUAAUCCUAAUGACUUAUACCAAUUUUCUUGGGGGAUUCACUUCAAUUGGAGGCAAAAAGGGAAAAACCGACAAACGGUUAUUUUCAUUGCCAAGCCCCAUUAUAUAACUGACGAUUGUAUCCUCUCCACAUUAUUUUUAUUAAUUAUAUUGUCUUUUCAUUUAUCAUAGGUUAAUCGAUGAACGUUGAUUUAUAUGAAAACAACAUUUUUGUAAAACAUUUCGGUUUAGAUUAAUAAUUUAUGAUUUAUUGAUUAAAUUUUCUCGAAUAAAUGAAUUUGAAACGAAGAAACAGCGAGAAAUGUACCAAUUUCCGAAUUUCUUCAUGAAAAGUUCAUUUUAAAAAUGUGUUAAAUUCUAUUUAUUACGUGACUCGUAAUUGUUGUAAAUAUAAAUAUAAUACAAAAUUUUUUUUCAGUUUGUGGAUAUGACUAUUUGUCAAAUCCUAUCACUUACUGAUGAUUAUUGUCUGCUCCAAUUGAUUUAUUGAUUAUAUGAUUUAAUUAUUAUCAUUAAUAUAAUUGAUUGAAAAGUAUAAGAAAUGCUUGAAUAGCCAGGCGCAUUUACUGGUUUAUGUUAAUGGAUAGAAAUGAAUGAUGUGAGACAAAACGUGGAAACGCCUUAUCAAUAAUCAAGAGUUCUGGAGGGUGAAGAAAGAAAGAGAGCAGAAUGAAACGGGCUGUUUUUUGGGAAAAGUGAUAGUGUGCAUGUAAAUAACUAACGAUUUAAAUUGAUAAUUUAUUCAAAGGACUGAUCGAUUUUCAGAUGGAUAGAUCAACAAAGUGCCCCAUUCUUCAUCAUUGAAUAAAAAUAAAAAGCAAAAUGGAAUUAGUGAACUGUGAUGAUUAUUCAACAUCCAGUGAUUAAAUUAUGAGAAAGACCAAAACGGAGGAAUGUCGAUGAAAAAUUUAAUAUAUUAAUUAAUUAAUCAAUGAAUUAUUCAACAAUUGAUUGUUUAAUUGGAGAUAGAAAACGUAACAUGUUCAAUUUUUCCAUUUGUUUCGAAAAAAUAGUAAUUAGUAAAUGAGUUAUUGUAUCAGGCAAGCUGAUAAAAUUCCUUUAUUUCUUACCUAUUUUGGUCUAAAACAAAUGAUUGUUGAAAUUAUUUGUGUUCCAAUGAGAUCUGAUGAAUGGGCUUGUGUUGGUACGUUUUUAAAUUACUUCACCGUUUAAUUAAUUGAUUGUAGAUUUUUGAUGAGAUGAAAACGACCAGAAAUUUCCAUUUAAUCAAUUGGGAAUAGAGCUAAGCUCAAUCAAUAAUAAGUUAUAAAAUAUUACGUGCAAAAAGUAAAUCGAAAUGAGAACAAUGUAAACUUCAUUAUCUUUACACAAAUCGUUGAUUCUCCUAUGGAGGAAAAAAAUUAAAUAAUAAUAAAAUAUUUAUGCUCGAGUUAUCGAAUGUGUAAGGAAACUAUUAUUGUAUUUGCGUAGCACUCAAAAAGAAAAAUCGGUAUACAAUUUCUAUAUAUGAAAAUGCUCUAUUUUACUAAGGAUAUUUUUGAUAUAUACCUAUAUAUAAACAUAUGUAUAUUGAAUUAUUAAAAGCAAUUUCAAUAUUUGAUGGAAUUCUAUGAGAGAAAUGAAGAUAAUAGUAGGGUAAAUUUGAAGAAAAUCAAGCGAAUGGAAGAAUUUCUCACCGACAACUAUAUAUUGAGAUUUUUCGAUUAAUUCAGUUUUUUCAUCUCUUCAAAGGUUUUUAAAAAUUCGGCUAUGGUUGGGCUUCGUGAAUGUUCUACCAUAUGCGCAACUGACAAUGACGAUAAUAACGGAUGAGAGGGGAAAAAAGAGAUGAUAAUAAUGAUUAACAAUACGUAAGUUGAAAUUUUGGAAAUUCUAUUUUUCUGUCGAACAAGUUGUAAAGUCAAUGAAUCCACGGAGAUUGGCAAAUAGAUGGAAUAAAUAGGCUUUAGAAUGAAGAAUUGAAUUUUGAAUUUGAUUCUUCAGGAACACGAUGAAUGUGUAUGUUGAUACACCAUUUUGCGAUUCACUCUGCAAAGAAAAUGGUCAAGAGAAGAGGAUUACGAGACCUAUCUCUGAAAGAAUUAGUUUGGCUAGGCUGGACGAAUUCUUAGACUGAAUUAAUUUCUGAGCUGUCUGCGAAAUAAUAUAUAAGCAAUUCCAAAAAAUACUAUGUAUAAAAUCCGUGGACGGAAUAGAGGGGAUCAUUGGGAUUAUUGCGGGAAUAUCUCUAGAUUUGAUAUUGCUUAAAAGGUAAACGCAAAAAAAAAUAUUCACGGUAUUUCAUAAAAUUUUUUACAGAGACGAUCCGAAAUUGUCUUCUCAUGAUACUAGGUUUGUAGGUGGUUUCAAAAUAUUAUAAUGAUUCCAAAAGUAAUAUUAUUGAAGCUCCAUCAUUUCAGGAGCAUGCGUCUCCAGAUGACAACCUAUUUAAUUUCUUAACAUUAGACACAAAAGUUUUUGCACCGAUAAGGCAGAAGAAUGAAUUUUACAAAGAAAGUAAAGUUGAAUUGAGCGUUGAAAAACAAAGGAAAAUUGCAUGAUGUAAGUUGAAGAAACUGAAUUGUACGUUCAAUAAUCAUGGUGGAUGUUGGUAAACAGAAUAUCGUUGGAUAUUUAACCAGCAUUAACAAUUGAUGUUAUCUUUUAGAAAAAGAAAAAUCUAUAUACAGUCGUUAUUAUUUCAUUGCUCAUUGUUGACGAUAAUUAAGGUAAAGGAAAACUCCCCUCCAUUUUUAUGAGCGAAACAAGACAAAUACAGAAAACUAUAAAAUCAUUUAUCCACAAAAUAUAAAUUGAAAAUCGAUAUGCGUAGCAAAGCAGAAAAAAUAUUAUGUUAUUUAAAUUAAUAAUUGAUAUGUUAUUGCCACUAUAAUGCCUUUGUUUAAUUUAAAUAGUGUAAUAGCUGUUUGGGUUCUCCAUUUUUUGUAUAUAUUCGCAGCACUCAAUAAAAAUUAAAAAAUUA